CCGAGGCGUGCCGAAGGUGAUGAUCACGCCAAUGUUUUUUUUACCAUUUUGUCUUUUUGUUUUCUUAAGUCAGCACCAUGAACCUUUCAAUUUUCCUCUUUCUGUCCUUGGUUUUUCAUGGUGUUGGGCUUGAUACAGAUGUAGUGAAGUCAGUGUCAGGGAUGGAAGGAGAUCCUGUUACUCUACACACUAAUGUUACUGAACUAAAGACAGAUGAUGAGAUCGAGUGGAGGUUUGGAGUAUACGGUCCUCUCAUCGCCAGAAUCAAGAGAUCAGUCGAUAUUAAUCCUCUAUAUGAUGAUAAUGAUGAGACUGAGAUAUUCAGAGACAGACUGAAGAUGAACAAUGAGACUGGAGAUCUCACCAUCACACACAUCACAUCUCAACACUCUGGACUUUAUUCACUGAAGAUCAAAAGAGACAAUCAGAACAAAUACCAUGUCAUCAGCGUUGCUGUCUAUACUCGUCUACCUGUUCCUGUCAUCAGCAGACACUUGUCACGUUGUACUUCACUAUUAGAAGUUGUCUCAUUGUCGAAAUGUGUGGUGUUGUGUUCGGUGAUGAAUGUGUCAGAUGUGAGUCUGUCCUGGUAUAACGGAAGCAUUAUAAACUCCAGCAUCAGUGAGUCUGAUGUUAAAGCCACCGCAUCUUUGCAUCUGGAGGUGGAAUAUCAUGACAACAACACAUACAGCUGUGUCAUCAACAAUUCUAUCGCAAACCACACACAACAUCUACACAUCAACUCUGUCACACAUUUGCAAAUUUUAAUCACCUGCAGUGCCUUUUCAUAAUGUCUUGGGGUGUGUUCUGCAUAAUCAUCACCCACGUUAUACACAGAAGACGAGCUGAUAAAGUGUAUUCCACGAUACCAUCAGAUACUGUAGUAUAUCGAAAGUGUGAAGAAAGUACAGUAAAUCCCAGCGGCACAUUUGAAGAUAAAGCGGCAGUAAUAUGUGAAAGGACAGCAGGAAAUCUACACACAGAAGGCAACUGGCUGAAACUUUGACACAUGAAGUGAUACAUCAUCCCACUCCUGUUACCGGUAUCGACAUGCUUUCCAUUUCCAUCCAAAGACAAAUUGUGUUUGUCAGUCACCAGCUGCAGUGCCCUCUCACGUCCACUAGAGGGCACUCCCCUCAUCACCCGGUCUGCCAUUCAACUGGACUACAUUACCCAUAAACCCUUGCCCGGACUCAUCUUCCAUCAUUACUUUCACCUGUCUCCUGUUAAAGGGGUAGUUCACCCAAAAAUCUACUUUGUGUGAUUUUUUACUCACCCACAAAAGGUUCAACAUGUUUAGAGAACUUCUGCUUCACGUCGGGUGGCUCUUGGCCUCCACGUCGUGCAUUAAAACCCUUUAACGCACGGCUAGCUGUGGAUUAUCCCUUACUUAUUUUGGUUUGCAUUUUUAGGCAUUUAUUAGGCACUUACUUGUGUUUAAUUGGUUAACUUAAUUGAAAAGAUAAAUGAAAAGGAAAUGUUUAUACACCCUACAAACGAGUUAAACAUCGGGAGGGGGACAUGUGUUUUUCAAGAACAAGUGAAAUUCAAAUUAAUUUGGAAAAAAAUGUACAAUACUUAAAUAACCAUCAUCAUUAUAAAACGGCA